AUGGUUGCCUACUUUCUCAUUUCCCUCAGCUACAGCUUAAUAUCACUCGCCUUCCAAAUUCCCUUCACCGCUCCGCCCGCCUCGCCAACCGAGCCGGCACCGCCUACAGGCGCUACAGCCUAUGGCAGGGGCACUUUCCCGGUUUACUGGAUGGUCAAUUUUGUCGGCAUGUCAGCGCUAGGUCUUGCUUGCGAGAACGUCGCCAUGGUCGUCGGACAACCGUGGACUGCCCUCUGGCUGAUCUUUUGGGUGAUCACAAAUGUUUCGACGGCAUUCUAUGCCAUUGAUCUGGCUCCAGGGUUUUACCACUGGGGAUAUGCUUGGCCGCUUCACCAUGUGGUCGAGGCAAGUCGACAGUUAUUGUUUGACUUGCGAUCGAAGAUUGGGCUCAACUUUGGCGUUCUGUUUGCGUGGGCAGCUGUUAACACUCUAUUGUUUCCAUUAUGCUGUUACUUUAUGCGAUGGAAGAUGGAACACGAGAAGAGGAUGGCGGAAAUGCAGAAGGAUCGGUAUGUGGUUGAAACAGAGGAUGGCGAGAAAGAGUUGAAGAAACCGGAGGGCAUAAAACCUCCUCUCAGAAGGCGUGGAUUCAUGCGAGGUCUUUGA